CAUGGGUCGGAAGCGCUGCGUGGGGGAGAGUGUUCCAAGAUGGCGGCGGGUUGCUGCGGGGUGAAGAAGCAGAAACUGUCCAGUUCGCCCCCCUCUGGCUCGGGUGGCGGUGGUGGCGCCUCCUCCUCCUCCCACUGCAGCGGAGAGAGCCAGUGCCGAGCCGGGGAGCUGGGACUAGGAGGCGCCGGUACGCGGCUCAACGGUCUAGGAGGUCUAGCCGGAGGAGGUAGCGGCAGCGGCUGUACCCUCUCUCCCCCCCAGGGCUGCGGCGGCGGCGGCGGGGGAAUCUCCCUGUCGCCGCCUCCGAGCUGCGGAGUGGGCACCCUACUUUCUCCCCCGGCCGCCGCCACCUCACCCUCGCCCUCCUUGCCGUCCGCCGCCUCGUCCUCAUCGCCCAGCUCCCGGAAGAUGGUGGUGUCAGCGGAGAUGUGCUGCUUUUGCUUCGAUGUGCUCUACUGUCACCUGUACGGAUACCAGCAGCCCCGGACCCCCCGGUUCACCAACGAGCCCUACCCACUGUUUGUAACAUGGAAGAUUGGUCGAGACAAAAGAUUGCGUGGAUGCAUAGGUACUUUUUCUGCCAUGAAUUUGCAUUCAGGACUCAGGGAGUACACACUUACCAGCGCCCUUAAAGAUAGCCGUUUUCCCCCAAUGACAAGGGAUGAGCUGCCGCGGCUGUUCUGCUCAGUGUCUCUGCUCACUAACUUCGAAGACGUCUGUGAUUAUUUGGACUGGGAGGUGGGUGUACAUGGCAUUAGAAUAGAAUUCAUCAAUGAAAAAGGAUCAAAACGCACCGCCACCUACCUACCGGAGGUUGCAAAGGAGCAAGGAUGGGACCAUAUUCAGACCAUAGACUCCUUACUGAGGAAAGGAGGAUACAAAGCUCCGAUUACUAAUGAAUUCAGGAAAACCAUAAAACUGACCAGGUACCGUAGUGAAAAGAUGACCUUGAGCUAUGCUGAAUACCUUGCUCAUCGCCAGCAUCAUCAUUUCCAAAAUGGCAUUGGGCAUCCCCUUCCGCCAUACAACCAUUAUUCCUGACACUGAGCCACACAACCAGUCACUGGGCCUCUCUGCAGACCUCUUCCCAGGAGACCCUACCCCUUCUUGGUCUAGCUAUCUCUUUUACUGUACCAUUUUAUGAUGAUAGUUUCCGUUGCCAUGGUGAAGCUUCGACAUCGUCAGUUAAGAUCAUCAUGGUAACGGGUAGGAAAAUGGCAUUUAUUAAGAUGAUCCUGUUUUAUUAUAUUAGGUCAUUGAUUUUUUUUUUUUUGCAGCAUAUAUGAAUUUUGGGGUUUUCUUUCCUUACAAUAUUAUAUGGAAUUUUGCUUUGCUAUCUCAGUCAGGUUUGUCUUUCUGUCCUUCUUGCCUUCCUUCCUGUCUUCUUUCCUUCCUUCUUUCUUCUCUUCCUUCCUUCUGUUGACUGUGGAUGGAAGAAUUCAUGCAGUUUCUAAGGAUUUCAUUUAGGUGUUUCUUUCAUUUUCCUCAGUAAGAUAGGUCAUUUUUGAUAGCUGUGUUUGGGAGUAAUUCAUAUCAAAUUCAGGUAUUUGUAUAUUACUCUUGAAUUUGUCUGAAAUUCAUUUUGCUAUGAGAGCUUAGUAUGUGGGUCUUCACUGUUUAAGUAUAUGUUUUUCCCAUGGUUAGAAUAGAUGAACUUUCGUUCUAGUGUAGAACAUUCGAAGGUCCAUGAUAGGACUUGUCACAGAGAGUGAGAAAUCAUUUAUGCCUAUUGUGCUGGUUAUCACAGGAAAAACUGCCUCAUCACUUUAUAGAACCAACUUACAAACUAAAACACUGUUUUAAGAAAGUACAAGCUACCUUUGAAAUAUGCUACAGAAAUUAUUUUGAAAAGCAGAGAAUAUCAGGAAGAGAGCAGAUACAGAAUUUAGUGCCUUUGAGAAGAGUAUAAUUACGUGGAAUUAAGAGGGGUUAGAAGAAAGGCAAUUUAGAGAAAUAUUCUUAAAAAUUUUAUUGUUUCUAUAAUGUGAAACAACAGAUUAGACAAAUUGCUUACUCUUAAGUAUUUUUUUAAGCUGAAAAAAAUUAUUUUGAGCAAAUAACCAAAAAGAGACAUGUGUCUAUUAUAUAUUAAUUUAAAUUUGUUAGCUUUAGGUUUCAAUAAGUCAUGAUUGGCCAGAGACAAUUUUAGCUACCAUUUAAAGAAAUAGUAAAGAUAAUCUAGUGAAACAAAAGUUAAUACAUGUCGUGAUUUCAGACAUGUUUGUCAUGGGGACAAUACUGGAGUUUUAGAAAUACUAUAAAAUUGCUUGAAUCUCUUUCUGCACUACAUACUUUUGAUAGAAACACAUUUACUAUAUCGAUAAGAUGUUAUGUUACCCCUGUAAAAACGGAGUUGGCACUUAGAUACGAUAUAGUUGUUAGAGCCCAGCUCAUUUGCAGGGCUAGUCUUCCCAUGAUGCAUAUGCAGAGAACUUCCUAAUGUCAACGGGAGGUCUAUAUGUAUAUCCCCAGGAAAAAUGACAGAUGAUUCUGGAGAAAGAUUACCUUCAUUUUAUGGUAGUAAAUAUAUAUGUGUGUGUGUGUGUGUGUGUGUGUGCGCGCGCGCGCGUGUAAAAUUUUUUUCAAACAGGAAACAAAUAUUUCAAGUGAUGAAUAUGAGUGUGGUGCAGAAUAUAUAGUCUAAAACUAUGAGAUGUCACUGAAUAUCAAGAUGGCAUAGCUUAUACAUGUAGUUGCUGUGACAAGUGACAGACUGCUAGUUCAGAAUUUGAAAACCCUUUUCUAGUUUGUGAGAUUAAUCGGCUGAAUUCCUUCUGCUUGUCCUUAUGGCAAAGCAAACUGCUUUUGUUUUUGAUGAGAGUUCUCAGAAGUUUGUUGGUAUUCCUUCGUCCGCAGCAUCUGUUGUUGGAAUAACCAUUUUCAGUCGUGAUGCCUUAACCAAGAAGCCAAUUGUUAGCCUGAAAUGGAAUCUCGGUAGCCAGUUCCACUGAACCUAGAGAUUAGUCAGAGAAAGCUAGCUGCUGGGCUUUAGAAAGGGAUUUUGAGUCCUUUCAUUUCUACUUGGGAGCAGAUUAGUCUUUCAGUAUAAAAACAAGUGGCUACCUGAUGGAAAUUUUUUCUUGCCCUUAUAGGGAAACUGAGCACAAGCUGAAUGAUAUUGUCUGCUGCAAGAAAAAAAAAAAAAGUAAAUAAAGCAAGCAAACCGAAGAGAGACAAAAUAGACCAAUAUUGAUCCAUCUUAUCUAUCAUCUCAUCAGUUCAACAGGCUCCUCGUCCUGGGUGAGCUCAUGGUUAGAAGUUUUUUUGUUUUUAAAGAAAAGAUCUAUCCCAUACGUGUGUGUGUAUACUUACAAUACAUACAUAUGUGUGUGUUUAUGUAUUUAACGGUGCUAAUCAAUUUUGAGCAGGUCACGUGACUGGUCAUGCGGACUCUAAAAUCAUAUCAGAUUUUUAAAAAUUCUUGAUAUAUGCAGAUGUUAUACAGAUUUUCUUACCAGUGUAAUAAUGUUAUACUGAAGAAAUAACCAUCCUGCAGGCUUCAGAGGACGAGGUCAGCAAUAUUUCCCACCGUGGCUUGGGGGAAAAGGAUAGUUUUGUCUCCUUUUGUGUUCAAAUUAACGCACAGUGCAUUUUUGUGUCUAAGUAGCUGUUGACUAAAAGACUUUGUAGUGUAAAGGGUGUUAUACAAACUUGUAAUGGUGUGCUUCAAACAAAUGCUAGACCCUUUCACCUUUGUCGUAUAUUACAAAGCUGUUAAAUAUGUAGUUUGCAUUAACUUUGAACAUGUUGAAGUAUGUAGCAUGUGUUUUUAACUCAGACGAAGAUUCUGACUGCACAGGCUGUGUUCUAGCCAGUUGUGGUUUAUUUGUGCAGAAACACAAAUGUGAAUUGCACUCUUGUCACCAGAAUAUUGUGUAAGUUCAGUGAUCUCUAAACAGCUCAGAAGUAAUACUUGAACUUCAUUUGAGUAGCACAAAGUUUACAUAGCCCCCCUUUUAAAUGUUAAUUAGUUCCAUUUAUGUUUUCCGUUUUCAGAUGCAACUGGGUAUUUUUUUCCUCUUGGAAAAUAGUACGUAUUUUACUUUGGUAUGUAGCAAAAGGCUUCCAUUUCUGGAAGGGUUUUUUUGUUCUUAGAAAAGGUCAGCCAGGUACCAGAUUCUAGAAGAACAAUUGCCCCUCCCCCCCCAAUUAAGUGGCCUUCUGACUGCACGAGAAUAUGUGCUACUGCCCUGCCCGCUCCAGU